UACCAGAGGUCAAGUCAGUUCGCGAGACGUUGCCGUGUAGUUGUGUUCGCGGCAGUUCGUAGUGAUAGUGUUUCCCCGAAUCAUUCGCCAACUUUAUAGUUUGGAUACUUGUGUAGUGCCAGGUGAUUGGGAGUAUUCGAAGUGUGAUUGUUCUUUCUUGGAACUCCGCGUGUUUUCCGCAUCAGGAAACUCUAGUUGACGAGGUCGCGCCAAAUAUGACGCAGACGAAGUUUGAGGUUUGUUAGUGUGCUGUAGUGUUUCGAUGUAGUGAUGCGACUUUAGAUGGAGUUUAUGUGCCACAGAUUCCUUGUGUGAUAUCUAGAUCCUUCCGUCAUGUUUACAUCCUGAAAUUAUUUCUCUUUCGUCUAACUUCACUUUACUAUUGAGCCAUGUUUGCUAACAAAAACGAUUCGACACCGAUCUGUCGGUGCCGGGUCCUCUAUCUUGGAUCCGCUGUCCCUCACGUCACGAAAGACGGCCUUCAAGGGAUUCAAGAGCCUUUGCGUGAACUUUAUCCCGAGCAAGGAGCUCUCGGAGCUAGAGGAAUAGAUUCUUGGCUCAGCGUUUGGAGCAACGGUCUUCUGUUGGAAAAUGUUGACGAAAACCACAAGAAAGUUACACGAUUUUUUCCUAUCGAUACCCUUCACUAUUGCGCGGCUGUUCGUUACGUACUCGUCCCGGAAAAGAAUUCGGUAUCGUCUUCGACCCAGCCUAGAUUCCUUCCCCUAGACUCGCCUUUCGCUCGUUCCCCGAAUCCGCAUCACCCUCCUCUCUUCGCGGCUAUUUUGCGGAGGACGACCGGAAUCAAAGUGCUAGAAUGCCACACUUUUAUUUGUAAGAGGGAGACAGCAGCUAACGCUCUAGUACGUUGUUGUUUUCACGCAUAUGCGGAUUCGUCUUAUGCUAGGCAUAUAGAUUCGGGUGGAAAUGCUGGAAGUGUGUACGGAACCCUCAGAAACUACAAUCAACCGAUAGUAAACUCUAAUAGUAUAGAGAAGGUGGAAGGAUGGCGCCGUAUGGCUUCGCAGCCAACGACUAGCGGCAGUAUUCUUACACUGAACAGCGCAAUGCAGCAUCAGAAUGGCAACGACACUCUAGGAUCCAACCCAGACAACUCUAACUCCGUUGAUGACAUCUCCAUCUACAACGGAGACGAAAACCAUAAGAUCUGGGCAGGAAGUACAAGGGAUAUAUCGACCUCCGAUCGUGAGGGAAACUACGGAGAAUACGGCGGAAGUACAAUGCGAAGCACAAGAUCUAUGAGGCCAAGACAAAUAAUAAACGCUCCUCCACCACCUCCUCCUCCACUCAAAGAAGAAAAAGGGAAGAAAAGUGGCAAAGACAAAGACAGGAGAAAGAAAAAAACCGGUAGCAAAGAAGAAAUGUGUGUAAUGAACGGGUCACUCAUGCGACCUCAACCCGGCAUGCGAUCACAAAGCUCGAUGAGUGGAACUAUGAUGAAAGGAGGCACAAUGGGUUAUCCGAACCACGUCUACUCUAAUGGGACGAUUUUGAGGCCGGUCUCAUCUCAAGUUAUGAACGGAUACCCUCCUCCUCCCCCUCCACCACCGGUUUUGAUGGUGCCCACCACGUUACCUCAUCCACGACGAAUGGUUGCCGGCACGUUUUCGCAUCGUCCAAAUAAAUCUCGGGGUAUGAUGAUGCCUCCUCGGCCUCAUAUGCUUCCCCCUAACUUCGUUCCCAUGCCUCCUCAUCCGGUUUACAUGCAAUCAGGAAGGAAGAUGUCAAAACAUUGGCCAGUCGCCAUGGAAGAGCCUAUAUACAUGCCGUCGACGCGACCGCUGAGUCCCGUAGCGUCCUACCAGCCGGGACAUUUUCCUCACGAAGCCUACUUGAUGCAGCAAUAUGCUACGAUGGACGUAAAAUCGAAAAAGAAGGUAAAAGACAGCAAAAACAAAAAGUCAAUUCCAAUAUUGGUGAACGGCCAACGCAUGGAUGACGAUGACGAUCCUGAAAGCCCGUUUGACGCAGAAAUAUAUAGACGAAAUGUAAAAGAAAGCAAGCGUAGCAAGAAAAAUUCCACAAGCCAAAAUGGUGACCAUCGUCCGGACGAUGAGGAUGAAUCUCCUUUCAACACGGCGAUGUAUCGCAGGAAGAGCAAAGGAUCCAAGGGCGACAAGAAAAAAGAUGGCGAUCAAGAGGACGAUGAUGAGAAUGAAUCCCCUUUUAACACCGGAAUCUACCGAAGGAAAGGUCACCUUAACGAAAGGGCCUUCUCGUAUUCUAUAAGACAGGAACACAGAUCGAGAUCGUACGGAUCACUAGCAAACCUGAAGUUUGCACCUCCUCCAGUGGUACCCAACGGUGGAGGGCCAUCUUCUGAUUCGCACUACUACGGAGGAUCCAUAGACAAGGAGGAAGUGAAGAAGGAACGUGAGAUCAUGCAGAUGAUGCAGGACCUGGACCUCUCAGGAGAUGAGCUGGAGAGAUCUGAAGUCCCGGCUGCUGUCUACCAACAGGCUCGUCAUCGACCCUCCAGCGGCCGUAGAUAGAUGACCAACAGCUGUACUAUAUCAUCGUACUUCUCAUCUUUUCUGAACUUCUUAGUCUUGGCUCCAGCUGGCUCCUAUAAUCUUUCAGGUUUUCAAAAGAAAAGUCAGCUCAAACCAUUUAACACAGUAAAUAUAUUUCUCUGCGUCCUAUACGCUAUAAAAUGAAUUUUUUAAACUUUGAAUAUAUUUAUGUAUAGUCAAUUUAUUGCCCAUGUAUAAUUAAUAGCUCAUACAUUUCGAUUACAUGACAUUAAAUCGAAUAUUUAGUUUUAGACUAUGUAUAAAACUAGGUAAAUAUAUAUUAUUGUUGUCUCUUGGGUUGUGACCACUGUCUAUUCAGAAAAUGCAUAUAGAACUGAAUAAUGACAUUUUGUACUCAAACGUUGAAGAUCUAUCUUAGAAAGUUGUUUUCUUCACUUAAACCGUAUCGAUAAGGUCUUGUUAUCUAUUGUACAGUAACAUGUAAAAAUUGUUAUUAGUUAUGAUUGGAAUGUAUUAUACGAAUGUUACUUUUUUAUCCGCUUCUAUGCUAUGAUCAUGUUUCUUUCAUUGUAUUAGUGUUAUCAAAUUGACUCUUAGGUUUUAACAUUUAUCGUACAGUAAUAAUGAUAUAGGUUAGAAUGUGAUAAAUAUAGUAUCAUCGCUAUAUUAUGUAGUUGAUAUGAAGAGUUUUAAAGAGGAUAUUAUACUUUUAAAUGUUAUUCGAGAGAUUUUAAGACUCUCGUCAUACAGUACGUUCAAUAGAACGUAUGCAGUGCGUGGCGCAGGCGCUGUCAAUGUGCCCGCGCAAAGCUCUGGCGGGGUGGGACUAUCUGCUUCUUUACCAAUUUUUCAAUAUAAAGAGUGUAAAGAUAUGUUUCCGUAUAAAGUAUUAUUCAAUAAAUGUAUUCACUAAUGUAUCGUAUGAUCUUUAAAGUGAUUCAUUUACUUGCAACAACAAAUCAAAUAUGGGUUAUCGUGUACGGUUGUCACACAUUUCACAGUUAUGUAGUUAUCUUUAGAAAAAUUGAUGAUGGAUAAUACUAUUUCAACACUAAUUUUCCGUUCUACAGUGUAAUUUCAAGGUCGAGCAUUUGCAAUUUUGAGACACUCUGUGCAUUUAUAACCCAAAUUAUCGAAUAUUCCGCGCUAUGAAAAUGUUCAAUCGAGUCCAAAAUAUUUUCAGUGGUCAUAGAAAAUCAACAAUACAUGCUAAUUCGAUCAGUAAUUUGUGGGAUUUAACAUACUUAACUGUAUUCAAACUGAAACAAGACCCUUGAUUUUAUAAUUUCCGAACAACUUUAUGGAUGCUUACUCUUGUAAAUGAAAUACCCACAUCCGAUGUUAAUUAGAUUUUUCUGCUACUACAUAAUGGGUUGACAUUGGCCAUGGAAUUUAACUUUUUCCCCCAUUUUCCCUUUUAACCAAGUCAACAUUUUCUACUUGGUGUCUACACAACACUUUUCAUAUGUGAUAUGUUUCUAUAAAGCAUACAAGUACGCCUGUUGUGAUUGCCAACUCGUCGAUUCAAGUUUUCAAUCUGAAAGAAACCAUCAUUUUGUAUCCCGUUUAAUUUUCACGUAAGAGGUAGGCAUCCAUCAGGUUACAAUUUCUAGUCUCCAUAGCCCCGAACCAAAGUUUUGUACGAGAGGUGCUAGGUACUCAUCUGUCAUUGCUCAAAUAAGCGAUGUACCAUUUUAUACUAGAAGUAAGCUUAUAUCUAACUCGAGUGUAGAGGUGGCCCUGUGCCUCCAGUGCCAUUGUAUGAAGAUUCGCAUCAUAUUCGGCUUGUAGGAGAAUGUGUUUUAGAUUUGUACAUAGUAUAAUCGAAUCAUUGUAUUUCGUGGAUUGAAGAUGUUAUGUCUUACGAAAGAAGGCAGUUUACCUUUGUAUUUAGAGGUUGUUACUUUAUCGUAGUUGAAUUGCAAGAUCGAAUAGGAAUAUGAAUCGAACUUACCUUUGACUUGUCAAGAAUGUGGAGAUUGCAUUUGAAUAUAUAUAAUGAUUAUCAUCAGAUAUGCAAUAUGUCUAUAGCGUGUAUAGCAUAAAUUCUAUAACAAAAUAAUUGAGCUAUUAUUUCUGUUAUGAUAACCAAUAAAUUUAUUAUAUAAAA